GAGGGCGUAGCUUCCACUCUGGCUUCCACCCUAGCAAAUUUAACUUUGAAGGAAAUAGAUUAGUUACUGCACUACCCAAGGCGACUGAGAACAGUAAUAUGUCACUAGUUUGUCUUGUGGACCUACAGUUCUCUAGAUUAACUGACUGAUGAACGUGAGGAGAAGAUGAACAAAAAGUGGUUGUUUUUUUUGUUUUGCUGUUCUUAUAACUUUUUCAUACAAUGUUCAAUUCAGUUCAUAUUUCACACAAAUGUCACAAAUGAUAUGGGCAACAGAUAUAUAAACUCAAAAUAACUUUGUCUUGCUUCUUGGGUGAGAUCCAGAGGGGGCCUUUUUGCUGUUUUCGACCCAACCCUACUAUUAGCACUACCGUGCUAAUGAUAAUGAUAUUCAUGGGGUAUUGGCUAAACCCAUACAAGUAAGUACAACUGUGAGAGAAAAAUGGCAUGGGCUGGAGCGACUAGGGAGAUUGUUGUUUACAAGUCUUUGUCAAACGACGUUUUUACCAACCUAGCAUUUGAGGACUGGGUAUUCAAAAAUUUGAACUUGUCACAUGCACGGAUUCUAUUCUUUUGGAGAAACACGUCAUGUGUUGUUAUUGGAAGACAUCAAAAUCCAUGGAAAGAAGCAAAUCUCCAUCUUCUUCGUAAUAGAGGAAUGACUCUAGUACGCAGAAAAUCUGGUGGGGGAGCAGUGUAUCAUGACUUGGGUAACACAAACUGCACCAUUUUCUCAUCAAGACAAGACUACAAUAGGAAACGUAACUUGCAGUUAAUUUGUGACGCUGUUAAUCAGAAAUGGAAGGUCAACCUGCAACGCAACAAGAAAGAUGAUAUCAUUUGCAAGGAUAAGUGGAAGGUCUCGGGUAGCUCUGCUAAGCUAUUGAAAGACUUAGCUUGUCACCACUUCACACUAUUGUUGAAUGUGAACCUACAAAAUCUUCGUCAACUUCUCACUUCGAGUUCUGAGGCUUGUAUACGGGAGUCUCGGGCUACAGCAAGCACACCCUCUGAUGUGAUUAAUUUAUGCAAUAUUGAACCAAGCAUGAACUACAAUGAUGUCUGCAGUGUAAUAGCUGAAAAGUUCUACGAUGUUCAUCAAGUGGAUUUAAACAGAUGGGUAAUUGACAUUGACCCUUUAACACUACCAGGCGUCAUGGAUAUAAAGAAAGAACUUCAGGAAUGGAACUGGAUCUAUGGAAAGACCCCAAAAUUUACAGUACAAAAUACAAAACGCUUUAGCUUUGGGGAUGCUCAUCUCUCUAUGGAAAUUCAACAAGGUAUCAUAAAGAAUGUCAAACUAGAUAUUAGUUGGAGGUCAGAUGAUUUACCUGCUAUAUGCAAGGCAAUGGAAGGCAAGAGAGUGCACACGAUUUUGGCACACUGAUAUCAACAUCGCUAUGAAAGCCUCAAUUUUCACCACAGACAAGAAACUAGAAUAUGUACGUGAUUGGAUACAGAACUUGUGUGUGUAGUAAUUAUCACUGUGUAAUAGUACUCUAAUAACUAUUAUUUAUGCUUGUAAUUGCUACUACACAUGUACGUACGAUACUGUUUCAACUAAAA